CAGCGGACUACAUGGUUGCGAAUCUUCCCAUGAUAAUCAGAAAAGCCAGGAUGUACCGCGCGAGAGCUAUGAAGCCUCUCUGUGGGGCGACAUUCAUAUAUCUUACCGAUUCGAGGAUGUCCAGAAAGUUACGACGGAGAUACAAAAGGUCGUAUCCUCCAAAAGGCGUUCUAGACAGAGCUUUAACGGCAGCCUCGUACGAGAAUGAUGUUGACCUUCUUAAAAUUCUCCUGGCAAAGGGAGCAAACGUUGACCAUGAGGAUAUGUUCUUUGGGAAUGCGUUAUACACCGCUAUUUUCCUAAAGAACAUUGAAGCAACGACCCUCCUCUCUUAUUAG